AUGGUUAACCAAUGGCGCACAAACAUCUUCUUCGCUGACGGCCUAGGCGGGAUCUUGGAAAAAGGCGACAAGAAAUAUCGCAAGUGGAAAGAUAGGCUCUUUCGCGCCCCGCCUGGCUUCUAUGCUAUUGAUUAUACGGCACGGUACAGGUUCGAUUCGGUAGAGGCGCGGGCGGCUGCCAUCAGCAAGAGACUUAACAGGGAUGUUUCGAUGCAACUUUGUACGCAUGAUAAGGGAUUCCGAUGCAGGUGCACCCUUCCACGAUGUGAGAGAACAGUUGCAGCAUUCUCCCGUCAACCAGACCUCUUCCAGUGCGGCGACUUUAUGGAUGCUUGCGCGAAAGAAUACUUUGGGGCCCUGGUGCUGCAGUCACUCAUUUUAUCGGGUGACAUGGAGCCUUUAUAUCGUAUGAAGAAUAGACAAUCCAACGUCUUUAGUUGGCAUAAAAAGGAGGAGUGCUGUUGCGAGUAUACCACACCAACUAUGGGAUGGGCAUUUCUCCAAGCGACUUGUCUCUGGUCGUAUGUGGUCCUCAACGCUCUGUUGGUGCUCAGUAACACGCGGUUUAGGAAUCCGUUGAUCAACAGCAAAAACUAUCAAGGACUGGCAGUGUAUAAGAUGCUACUGGAGCGGACAAAGAAUCAGGACUACCCUAAUAGAGUGCAUCAAAACGUCUAUAGUAGCAAACCAGAGAAGCCUAGCUUCUGGGAGCACAUCCCGCUGCCGUUUAGCGCCGAAGCGAGGCAGGCUGCUACCCAUGUGCUAUUGGCAAAGGGUCUGCCGAACGAGAUUGUGCAGCAUAUUCUGCAGUAUAUCGCCCAGCCUGAAAGAAUUCGCAUUGAGGGUGAUCCGCUGCGCUUGACUAAUAGACCAGCGAUUAAGCAGUACAUGGAAAUGUGUUGGAGGGUUGUGGUGCGAUGCGGCGUGUUGACACUGGGUAAGAUGCCCAAAAAGUACUAUGCUGUUGAUGUAGAGACCAUUUUUACCGAGCUAGAUGCUAGGCUUGUGGAAGAUGGGCUGUUGCCAAGCUUGGUAAGCCGUAAUUAG